AUGGAUAAAGUGGAGGUAGUUGAUGUUAGGGUGAAAAAUUACUUGAAAUUAGCGGGAUAUGAUAAGUGGGCUAGGUCAUAUGCAACAGUUCAUAGGGGAUGGACUUUAACAUCAAAUAUUGCAGAGUCAAUUAAUACCGCACUAGUAUCAGCUAAAGAACUUCCAAUAUAUGAUUUUCUAGAGAAAGUUAGAUUGAUGUUUGGUAGAUGGAACUGUGAAAACAGACAGGAGGCAUUGUACACACACACGGAUCUUAUUAGAAAAUUUCAAGCCAUUCUCCAACAUAAUGAAGCAGAGUGUACACAUAUGAAGGUUAUACCAGCUUCAGACAAGAAUCUUGAAAAAGGAUCAUAUUGCUUUAAUCUAUACAAGCCAAAAACUGUGCUGAGAACGUAUGAUCUUUCUGUAUAUCCUCUACCACGUAAAGAUGAUUGGGUGAUACCUCAAGAAAUAUUGGAUGAUGUAGUUUUGUCCCCCGAAAUACAAGCGACCCCCUGGAAGACCUACAAAGAAGGAGCGCGGUAA